AUGGGUUGUGGAUUUUCAUGCAGAUCGUCUUCUACCUUCAGCAACAUCCGUGUGGUUCACCUCAAUGGCUAUGUCGAAGAAUUCGAUCCUCCUGUGACCGUCAGCCAAGUCACAGGCAAGCCACCACUGCACUUUGUAUGCACCCCAGCACAGCUAAUUUCAGUAGGUUCCAAGCCAUUGAAGCCCGAUACUCAGCUCGAGCCGGGCCAUGUCUACUUCCUACUACCAUUCUCAAUGUUCCAUUUCGAGGUCUCUCCUAUGGACUUGACCUCUAUAGCGAGUAAACUUACAGCAAUUGCCAAAAGUGCACGGUGUGAGGCCAAGUCCCCUGGACCUGGUUUCUCAGCCAGCCCCAUGAGGACUGCUUCUUCACCGGCCAGAAAUCCGAGUCCUAACCACUUUUCGGAUCAGAACAUGAGGGUGGAAAUGGCGGCUGGUGAUGGAGUAUAUGGUGGACAAAGGUCUUGUAAAUCUCGAUCAUGGAAGCCCCUUUUGGACCCCAUCAGGGAAAGAUCGUUCAAUCGGAGAAGUGAAUCUGAUUUGCAGAAGGAGCAUUCAGAGAUGGGGAAGUAG